UCCCCAGUGACAUCACCUCAGGACUGACUUCCCCAGUGACAUCACCUCAGGACUGACUGACUUCCCCAGUGACAUCACCUCAGGACUGACUGACUUCCCCAGUGACAUCACCUCAGGACUGACUGACUUCCCCAGUGACAUCACCUCAGGACUUAGCCCGUUAGGGCUCCUUUAUUUCUUCAUACAUAUGGCCAAGUCCUGAGGUGAUUUUUUUGGGGGAAGUCAGUCAGUCCGUCCCUCUGGAGCUGCGUUGGUCCCGUUUUUCACCACUGACAUCUCUACAGCGCGAGUUUAUCAAACUUUUCUUAAAGUUUUUCCUUUCUUUGUUUUCGCGAGAAAAAAAAAAAAAGAGAGAGAGAGAGAGAGAGGCCCAGCGUUUGGUCAUGAGGACAGGAUUCGCUGUUUGUUCUCCCAUGAUAGUGAGGGAGGAGGACAAGCAGCUGAUCCCACUCGUAGCAUCACCCGGCACAGCCUCCCUCCCAGCCUCUCCUCCUAAUUGAUGAGCCUCCAUGCCUGUCCUGCGCCUCACUCCCCCUCCUUAAUUAAGCUUUCUCUUCAGGAAGGGGUGGUAUAAAGAGCAGUCCUCCCUCCACAACUCUCCUGCACUCUCCCACCUAAGCACUCACAGAUACACCUCUCCCACUGCCUACAUAGCGCAUCACCAGCACCGGGCACCCACACACCACAUCAAACUUCUACUUCCCGGGAGUUGGGCACAAGCUCUUCCAACUUUAGGCUCCAGUCACCACAAGUUCUGCAGCACAGGGGAAAGCAGGGGCACAAUCUCUAGUGUAACAGGGGAACCCACCAUUUGCAGCCGUGGACUCUGCCGAGGAAUCAGCUGUUGGUCUAUACACCAUGAGUACUCUAAAGCCUGACACUGAACACAACAACAACAUAGAAGAAGAGGUCAGAACACUCUUUGUCAGUGGUCUUCCAAUAGACAUAAAACCCAGGGAACUCUACUUACUGUUUCGUCCAUUUAAGGGUUAUGAAGGAUCACUGAUCAAGCUAACCUCAAAACAGCCCGUAGGCUUUGUCACUUUUGAUAACCGGGCCGGUGCAGAAGCUGCAAAAAGUGCCUUAAAUGGUAUCCGUUUUGAUCCAGAGAACCCACAGACCCUAAGACUAGAGUUUGCAAAGGCCAACACAAAGAUGGCAAAGAACAAAUUAAUGGCUACACCUAACCCCACAAACCUCCACCCUGCACUUGGAGCACACUUCAUUGCACGAGAUCCAUAUGACCUAACAGGUGCUGCACUUAUUCCAGCCUCACCAGAAGCUUGGUCUCCCUAUCCACUGUACACUACAGAACUGGCACCAGCAAUCCCUCAUGCUGCAUUUACAUACCCAGCGGCAGCUGCCGCAGCAGCAGCACUCCAUGCACAGAUGCGUUGGUAUCCACCAUCUGAAGCUACUCAGCAAGGUUGGAAAUCUCGCCAGUUCUGCUAGGUUUUUGGAUUGAAACCCCUUCAAUGGCUUUUUUUUUUUUUUGGUUUUUUCUUCAUGAAGUGAUGUACCAGGCAUGAACAUGUAGUGUUCUCUGAACAUUGUAUUUCUCUAUAUAUGCCUCCGAAUGUUUGGUUCAGCUCUACCAUCAUGGAGUUUACAAACCAAUCCCUUGCAAUAAUUCUGUGGAAUAUUAAUCUGCUGGGUAACCUUAACUUGGUCUAAAUUAAGCAACCAAUGUUUCUUUGAAACUGUGGUAGAACAAGGUAUAGUUGAGAAGGCCAUGCCCUGUUCCCCUCUGUAGCUAUCAAAUUCAUUAUUUUUAUAUUCUUGUUGCAUGCAUUUUUUUUUUUCCUCUGGCAUGGAAUUUACUAUUUAAGUGUGGUAUAGAUCUACUGCUUGUGUACCAGUUUAGGAAGGUCUGCCUUGUGAUCUUCUUGAUCUAGUCAUGCGUCUACUGUGCUGCUCAUUCCACCACCUCAAAUACAGUCUAGAAGUCUUCUAACCUGGUCUUUAACUUUACACUUUCAUUGGAGAGUCUGUUUUUGCCAAAUAAUGCAACCUUAUGGGGAAAUGGAGCAAAAGUACCAGUAUUUUUGUAACUUGUUUAAUAAGGAAAUAUUUAUGCAUCAUGUGUUUUGUUUUGUGUGGUAUUAAUUAUUAAAAGAAUAUAUUAAUCUGUCAUAAGUUAAUGUUCAGUUAAAGAGCUCAGAGAUUAUGGUUUGUCUACUGUACUCUAUGAACAAUUGUGCAAUUUUGUUUUGCUGCAGUCUACUGCUUGGUAGUGAUGUGUUCAGUAUUAUGAAAGGUCUCCUUGUAUGGAGAAGUUUCUCUAAUGAUUCUAUGAGAAUGUGAUACUGGAUAAAAUAUAAACUAUUUAAGAAGUGUUUGUGUAAAUUUCAAAUUUCUGAACAAUUAAAGCAAUUGAAAAUC